AUGUUUUUACUUUUCCUUCUUUUUGUAGCCUUCAGAAGAGCACGUAAUCCCUACAUGGAUCCAGAGCACGAGGAAGCACACCGCGAAGUCAAAGAAGAAACUACCGAUUCUCAACCAGACGAUUGCGAAGAUGUAAAGGAACCACACAAAGGUAUUAUUAUCAAAUCUGUGUUUAAGCUAGGCGCAGGACUGAUAGUACCCCAAAUUUAG